UGGCCGCUCGCGCGCUGGUAGGAUUUGGCUUGAAACGUUGUGGUCGGCGGCAGCGUGCGCUGCACUUCGGCGUGCCAGUCAGUCCCAAGCGCAGAAACACAGUUGACGUCGCGCGGACUUCACACUGCUUCUAUCGUCGUCGCGUGCCUUCACGGUGGUGACGUCUCCACAACUUCCCAGCUACAAGACGUACCGAACGAAAAACUUGUAAGUCUUCGAAGCCAUGGCUUUGCGAUCGCGCGCACGAGGCAGUGUUGGAUGACAGAGCGCGCGGCCUGCCUGCCUGCUGGCAGAGGUGGUGGUGCGAGUGUGUGUCUACGGGGAAACAGAUGUGUGGCCUGCUUCGCAUGCAACGAUAAGCCGACCACUACGUGAAGGCUGAAUAGGAGAAGACGUGCUUGAUCCAGAUCGGGACCUCCGAUUUGUCCCGGUUGCUGGCGACCCUACUGCUUACUUAUCUUUUCUGUGUGUGCAACAUUGUGCGUGCGUGUUCUUAAAGAGUGCUCUGUUUUCUGUUUUGUAUUCUUUUACGCUUGAAGCUUUUCAAUCGCGUCCCCGGGUUGAGAUCAACGCGAGAUUGAAGAGAAGGCGACGUCGUUCUGGGAUGGUGUGUUCCACGGAAGAAGCAAGGAAAGUGUGGCCUCUGAAUCUGUGUCAACUCAAAUAGGAAGAAAAAACAGCGUGUUAUUCGUCACCGUGCGGCACGAAGCCACGUCUAUCGUUGUUGGAACCACUUGAUUUCACUCCCACUCUUUCCACAAAUCUGAUUGUCAUCGCCCACAUGAAAGCUACUAUCUUGUCUCUUGCAAGAUCAGCCCGUUGAACCGAUGCUCCAUCGAAGCACUUUGCUGGGCAGUGAAAGUUACCGCGGUGAAGUGGAAAGACAGCUAGUUUCCGCCAUAAGUCCGGCAGUCAUGGUUUUUUCGUGAAGUGUAGUUGGGGCGUAGAAAGAACAUGCCUUCCUGAACUUCUAGUGAUCGUCCACAGUCAUCGGUUGCUACGUUCCUGUGGCCAUCGCUCCGUAGUGUUCUUUUACCGCUGCAGAACCAGCCGAUGUCACUUCGUCUGGAAGGCCAGUUAUAUCUUCGUUCUGUUUGUGCCGUGACAGCGACGAUCCCAGGAUUCCUCUAGCAUGCGGUGGCGGCUUGUCCUUGCAAGCCGGACCGGACUCCCUGAAAGUGAUCGCCGCCGGACGCCGGACGAACUUAGCAACUUCGUCGACUUCGUUCCGCGACGAUGACUCGACGGCUUUCAGCAACCGCAGCGAUGGGACGUCCGUCGAUGUCAAGGUUGCUCGGAUUACUGCUGCUAGCUGCUUCGCUCGGUCAGGUGGGUGGAGUGAACCAGCUCACGCUACACCUACCCAGCGAGUACACCAGUCUACCUGGGGGCGAGCUGAGGGUCGACUACUCCCCGCCUGUGGGCGACCCGGGACCCAACUUCACGUUUCCGGCCACAGACUCCGUAGAGGGCGUUCCCAUCGACGGCGUGCUGCCGGGCACGGACUACAACUUCCAACUCUACCUCAGCAACGGCACAGUUAACAAUCACCGGCUAUGGACGAGUGUCAUAGAGACCGAGCCAGACCCACCCACUAACCUGUCCAUCAAAAUUGACACGGGCAAGGUGGCCCACGUGUACUGGCAACCACCGGUCGAAGGCAAGAUCACGGGAUACCGGCUCGCCAUCUCUCCACUGUCGGACCAGGAUGAGGCACCCGAACGCAGCGUUCACUUGAACGACGAGAACCCUCCUUACACCCUCAGGGACCUCACCCCGGGAGGCACCUACCAGCUGCAACUGUUCAGCGUCUACAAGUCCCGCGAAUCGCAGCAAUCGGCCUCGUCAAACUUCACCACAAAACCCAAUGCCCCUGGCCGUUUCAUUGUGUGGUUCCGAAAUGAAACUACACUCUUGGUGCUGUGGCAGCCCCCGUACCCCUCUGGCAUUUUCGAUCAAUAUUUGGUGAGCAUCACGCCAGAGGAUGCAUCUCAGUCCAUCCUCUACGUGGACAAGGAAGGCGAGCCACCCGGUCCAGCGCAAGCCCCCUUCUAUGGCCUCGUGCCUGGUCGGGCGUACAACAUCUCAGUGCAGACAAUCAGCCAGACGCAGAUCAGCGCACCAACAGAGGCACAGUACCGAACAGUUCCCCUCCCACCGUCUAACGUGACCUUCAAUAAGGAGAAGGUGACCUCCCGGUCGUUCGAGGUGUCCUGGUCCCCUCCCAAGUCGUUCUCCGAGUUCGACCGUUACCAGGUAGCUCUGAGCAUGCAGCACUCACUCCGGCAGAUUGUGGGCAGAGACGAGGAGCGCGUGGCCAACUUCGACCAAGAUCUGGAACCCGGCCAUACCUAUGAGGUCAUGGUCAAGACGGUCAGCGGUAACGUGGCCAGCUGGCCUGUCAUGGGAAACGUCACCACUCAUCCUUUGCCUGUGGAGGAUUUGAAUGCAACCUACGGUGACGCUGGUGAAAUUCUGGUGCGAUGGAAGCCUAAUAACUCAAGCCUCCAGGACUCGUACAUGGUUCGUUACAACGAACUGGAGUCCUUCAACAGCGACAGCCUGGAGACAGUGAAGAACAACUCAGUCCUGCUGAAGGGUCUUUUGCAAGGCCGCAAUUAUUCCAUCAGCGUUGUCGCUGUCAGCAAGGCUGUACCGAGCAAGCCAGUCUUUACAUACCAGUCCACACGUCCGGCUUCUCCGGUGAUCGAGGCGCUGGAGCCGGUUGGUCAGCACAUGAACGUUUCGUGGAAGUCUGACGUGACGAGCCGCCAGGACUCCUUCGCGGUCGUCUACGUGCGCAACGACACCGGCGAGCGCCGCCAGGAGGACACGCGCCAGAACUGGCUUCUGUUGAACAACCUGUACCCAGGUGCCAGCUACCAGAUCCGCGUGUACGCCGUCAGCCACGGCCUCUGGUCCGAGCCGCACUCGUACUACCAGACAGUCGCCCCUAGGCCUCCACAAAACCUGCAAAUAGCAAAGGCUAGCAACUCAACUGUAAUACUCACAUGGAAUGCUCCAGCGAACUCCUUGGUCGAUCAUUAUGCUGUCCGGUACCGACCUAUUGAAUCUACGUACUGGAGGGAAUUCGGAGUCGUCAACUCAACUUCAGCUGAAAUUGACGACCUCAUUGCUGGGGAACGAUAUGUAGUCCGUGUGGCAACGGUCAGUAACAAGGUGGAAAGCACCGACGCUCAAGACGUGGAGCAAACACUGUAUCCCAACUCCAUCAAACAUGUAACGCACUUCCUCGACUCCCAAAACAUCACCUUUGAGUGGACAGCGCCUCCAGGACGUGUAGACUACUAUAUCAUCGUUUAUAACCCCCUCAAUGACCAGAAGAAGCAGAAAUCGCAGCAGGUUCCAGCUAACUCAACACGUCCAGGAGACAACGUAAACGUCGUCAUCGAAAAUCUGAAGCCUGGAGAGUUGUACUCAUUCCGCCUUUACGCCGUCAGCCACGACGUAAGAAGUGAAGGUUUCGGCGUCCAGACGAGAACUAUGCCUGUCAUCGACUCUGUCAUCAACAUUGUCGCUGACGAACAUGAGACUCGAACGUUGGGCAUCAAGUACACACCAACUCCUCAGCGGCACGUGGUUUUUGACCGGUACCGGUUCCAGCUUAGCGAUACCGGUAUACCAGCACAGGAGAAGCUGUCGAACGACACCAACCGGCUGGUGCUCUUCGACAAUCUAGUUCCCGGAAGACUCUACAACAUCAGCAUUUGGACCAUCAGCGGCGGAGUCUACAGCGUGCCCAUCUACCGACACACCAGGCUGUUCCCGGACCCGGUGAAGGAGAUCAAGGCGCUGACAGUGACGGACACGGCCAUCUCGCUGGUCUGGGAAAGCGCUACGGGGGACCGCGACGGCUACGAGGUCCAGUACCUCGACCACCGUGGCGUGCUCGUACAGAACUUCACGCUGGCCGAGCGCAUCUCGUACGAGCAUCUGCGGCCGCAUCACAACUACACGUUUGUGGUUGCCGUAAUGAGCGGAUACGACACGUCUACAGUGCGCCGCAGUCUGCCCGUGUCACGCACCUUCCAGACCCUAGAGUCCGUGCCAGGGAAAGUCCAAAACUUCCGCCCAUUCGAGUUGAAACCAAGUGAAAUCGUGCUGCAGUGGUCGCUUCCAUCCAGCGAGCAGAACGGCGUGCUGACGGGCUUCAAAAUCACUUACUACAUGAAGGGUUCUUUGACCUAUCGCCACAAACUCUUCGAACCGACGGAAACUAAAGGAGUCAUCUCUAACCUCAUUCCUGGACGAACCUACGUCUUCGAGAUUCAAGCGCACACAAAAAUCGGUCCUGGUGGAAAAGGGAGAUGGGAGGAGACCAUGCCUAUAUGGGCCCCACCAAAGCCGAGCGAUUCAGUCUUCCCGAAGUCGCUAACCCACACGGCAACGACUAUGCGGGUCAGCUUUCGCAAGAACUUCUUCGCCAACAGUCACGGUCCGAUCCACGCCUACACGCUCAUCGUCGCCGAAGACGUGUCCAAGGAUGCGACCAGUGCUAUUCUGCCGACGUGGUCUGAAGUUCAGAGCUUCCACAGUUGGCCUCCGUACCAGGUGACAGAGCCGUAUUACCCGUUCAAUGGCACCCUCACCGAGGAUUUUGUGAUCGGCUCCGAAGACUGCAAGGGAGACAAGGGUUACUGCAAUGGGCCCCUGAAACCUGGCUCCACCUACAGGGUUAAAGUUCGCGCUUACACGGCGCCAGACAAAUUCACGGACACCGUCUACUCGUACCCAAUCCAGACAGAUCCAGACAACACACCGCUGAUUGUUGGCAUCCUCGUUCCCCUCUCACUGUUGGUUAUACUUGCCAUCCUAUUGGUUGUCCUGAGGCGACGACGACUAGGACCUUUCGCACCCCACUCCAGAGGAGACCCGCAUUCCAAGGACCACGACAUUGUGUCUAUAGCUGAGAGUGAAAUGGUGACCAGUCGUCCCGUGAAGCUCAAGGACUUCCUCGAGCAUUACCGCAUCAUGUCGGCCGACUCAGACUUCCGCUUCUCAGAGGAGUUCGAGCUGCUUAAGCACGUCGGCCGGGACAAGCCAUGUGGUGCCGCCGACUUGCCCGUGAACCGCCCCAAGAACCGGUUCACCAACAUACUACCGUACGACCACUCCCGCGUCAAGCUGCUCCCCACCGAUGACGAGGAUGGAUCGGACUACAUCAACGCCAAUUACAUUCCAGGCUUCAACUCUCCCCGCGAGUUCAUCGUGACCCAGGGCCCACUGCACAGCACGCGCGACGACAUGUGGCGCAUGGUGUGGGAGCAGAACUGCCGUGCCAUCGUCAUGCUGACGCGGUGCAUCGAGAAAGGGCGCGAAAAGUGCGACCACUACUGGCCUUUCGACACGCAGCCCGUCUACUAUGGCGACAUACAGGUCACCAUACUCAAUGAGUCGCAGUACCCCGACUGGACCAUCUCGGAAUUCAAGGUUUCUCGGGGAGACCAAUCCCGAAUAGUCAGACACUUUCACUUCACAACGUGGCCAGACUUUGGGGUGCCCGACCCGCCACAAACGCUGGUGAAAUUUGUCCGAGCAUUUAGGGAAAGGGUCAUUCCUGACACCAAGCCCAUCGUCGUCCACUGCAGUGCCGGUGUCGGUCGUUCCGGCACGUUUAUUGCGCUGGACCGGAUUCUACAAGGCCUGCGCAAGUAUGACUCGGUGGACAUCUUCGGAAUUGUCUACGAAAUGCGUCGCGAGCGGGUCUGGAUGGUCCAGAAUGAGCAACAGUACAUCUGCAUCCAUCAGUGCCUGAUGUGCGUCCUUGAAGGAAAAGAAGACGUUUUAGACUCUCCACGACCCGAAGCGCAUGACAACCAAGGUUUUGAGGAUGACGAAGGGAUAGCCGAAUCUGGAAUAUGACUUCCCUGAACUGCAACCCCCUUACAAUUCCUGCAAGGCGACUUGUUCGUGCGAUCUACGCAAGCCAAGACGACGUUGUUUCCUUCUAGACUUCACUCACUUCCUGGCCUAUAGACCCUUGGCUGCCAUAUUGCAGUCGACUCGGGAGCAAUAAUGACCACUCCCUCAUCCUACUGUUAACUAUUCCUGAAGAUGUGUUCGUUAGUUUGUAGCCAAGCCAAGGACAACAAAAAAAAAACAGUGCUGUGUGUGGUACAGACUGCAAAUACACCCACGAUAUUUUUUUCACAGUGCUGUGACCUUGGAGGUGAUGUCGAAGAAAGGAAGAGAAUCUUCACACUAUCCUUCAAGGCCGAACUCUUUUUGUGCUUGUGUUCGAGUGUACAUGUAAAUACGACGAGUAAUUUAUCGCUAAACUUUAUCUUUGACGGGCCAGAACUUUGAGUGCAUACAACAGUAUUGUGUGCAGGACCCUCUGUGAAUGCUGAAGGCAACUGGAAUGUCGAAAGGUUACGUAGACGAGUGGCAAGAUACUCAAUGCUUUUGACGAUAUUCUAAAAGUGAUCUAAAAACUUUCACACACUUCGAAGUGCUGUUUGCAGAAGUGUUUGAAAUGGUAAGAUGAGAAGAGUAUGCCAACGAAUUAAAAAUGUUGUCUUGUUAGAACAUCAUAUAACUCUUGUUUUUUGAAACAAGUGUCGAUUUUUAAAACAAUUCACAUGUGUGCAGAUGUGUAAGAUGACGCCUACCAUAAGAGAACUGAAUGUUAAACAGUUGUGUUCAUUGUGAGUAUUAUAAUUUAUGAAUUUCUCCAGUGAAUGAUACCAUGUUCUAUGGUAUUGUGUGUUCAUGCAUAGAUUUUCAAUAUGCCUAAUUCAGACCGUCAUAUCGAGAGGAAGAUGAGUCUAUGAACGCUCAGGAAAACUGACUUGAGCCCUCCACUUGAAAAUAGCAUUGUAAGCUUAAACAAAUCUUUUUAAAAAACUCUGCUACACCUACUGCCCCGUAUGUUAUUCACUUCUUGAGGAAGAUUGAUCUUUACAUGGUCUAAAGUUUGCCACUGACUCGUUCAACAUUGUCACAGGUAGAAUUAUAUAAAAAAAUUUUCACACAUUAACAUACGACUUUACAACUGGAGUAAAAAUAGAUAAAUUACACGGCUAAAUAUAAAUAUGACAUUAUGAUGAUAACUUCUAAAAGGUAAUUUAAAGGAAAUGUUGUCCGCAAUGGUACAUAUAAUUUUUUAUUAGUCUCAAAAGUGGAUGUGUAGCAAUGCUGAAAUGAGACAACACUAUGUAUCCCUCUAUUUUCUAGAGUUUAUUCAAUGUAAUAUCCCCUGACUAAACUUGAGCUCAACUUUAACUAACUUUUUUAUGAAUAUAAUUUUUGUGCAUUGUGAAUAAGUGAUGGCAACUACAAUCGAUUGACAAUAACAGUAUAAUAUUUUGGUGUGCUUUUUCAGUUAUGAAAAGAGGUUGAUCUCACAGAUCAGUGGGCUGUAUUCUGGCUGUGGCAAAGCAACUGCUGGCCUACUAAAGUUUCCAACUUUUCGUACUGAAAUGGUCUUUUUAACACAGCACUUCAUGUGUUUUCUCGCAGUAUGAGCAGUGGGCAGCAGUUCAGUGAUAGGAGGUACGCCCUUGUGCAACCUCGAGUAAUGCGAGACAUGACACCCGUAUGCUUGUAAAACGAUUGCACAUGCUGCUGAUGUCACAAAUCAUGUUUUUAACAUAUCAAGAAUACCUAAUGAGCUUAUGUAAUAAGUACAGUAGACUUGUAUGAUAGGCUAGCUGUUGGGAAUGUCGUGUUUUCAAGUGUGCAAAACUACCAUGUAUAUAAUCUCUCACUCCUUUUGCAGGGACUAGAGAAAAGAGGAUGCACAUAUAGGCCUGCUAGAUUUGAGUUCGACAACAGUUCACUAUCAACAAUAUAAAACGUUUUUGAGAAACUGGCAUUGCAAAAGCGCCGCCAUGAAGCCACUUAUUUGACUUACUAAAUAGAAAAGGGUGUUAUGAACUGGACGAUAAAAUAAACUAGUAUAUGUUAGUAAUCGAAUAAUAGUGUAAUAUAUCUCAGUAAUGAAGAGUAGACUUUGAUGUUGUCGAGAGCAAUUGCUACACCCACCCCUGCGGUCUCGUUUGUUGCACAGCAUAAAAAAAUACAUCUGUGUGUUGUUUUGGUAGCUGGUAAAAUGAAGUAGACAGUUGUUUGUAAAGUUUUCUUGAUGAGAGUUAUCAUUUAAAUGGCAGCCAUGAGAAAAUUUUCUACACGACUAGAAAUGACGGAACUACAGUGAUAAUAUGGCAUCUUUGUUUGAACUGUUGAACCAUUCUUUUUUGUAAUUCGGCUGAAAUUGACACAGCCUUUGUUACUCGUCUGCUUAUUUUCUUCAUAUUUUUUCCUAUUCUGAAGGAAUAUUGAAGUUCUUUUUUUUUUUCAAAUGUGAGGGCCUCAACUUUUAUUACGCAUGGAAAGCAAUGAAAAUAACCUGUAGGUUACCUUGAAGGUACGUGCGUGUACAUAAUGUUACAUAGCCCAGUUCCUUUUAUUCAUCUAUAUACUGAUCAGCCCUUGGCACAGCAUGUAGGUACGUGCCUUUUCUGUUGUGCUACAAAGGAACGCAGCAUUCCUCUCUGAAAUGUACAAAAAAUAUAGUAAUCCGUUCGUACUUUUUCUUCGCAAGUCAAGAUUUCCCAUUUAAAUAUUUUCCCUAUAUCUCAGGUUUACUUGUCUUUGCUUAGCACAUCAGGUUAAUAUUUUUUUUCAUGAAGCCUAUCUUCUUCCUCAAGAUAGGCUUUCACCGAGUUUCUCUGAAGUAAGACACGGCAGUUAACGGAACUUACCGGUCAAAUGUUUUUCAAGAGGACUUUAAAGUGGAAAGACAACUGAUAUAAUGUUUUUCUAAAGUGUUCUCAACGCUGUAUGUACAUAGUGGCACUCUUUAUUAGGGAAACAGUAAGCAGUAAUUUGGGUCACACAUAAUCUGCAUGUUUCGGUGCAGGUCUAGUUGUGUGAUUUAGCAUCAGUGCAGCAUACUUUACCCAGGCUGAAGAUAUCAGGAAUGUAUGAGACUGAGCUGUUGUGCUGCUUCCUGAAAACACAGGUAUUGGAUUAUAUCGGAUAUACACUAGCACUUUUUGCAGGCAGGUAUGCUGGCGACGUGAAUCGGCAGUGACAGCAACACCCGGCCUUCUUUAGUUGAUAUUUGUAUUCAUUACCGUCUCAGUUGGUCAGUUAAUUGUUGAUUAGGGAUUUUCGGUUUUCCAUUUGCACUUUCCCUUCAGCGCUGUAUAAUCCAUACUCCAGUCAGUGAAUGCCUGAUGCAAGAGCACUUAAUGAUAAGUCGUGUAUUGUGAACGCACGGAUAAGAAUUGAAAGUUAGUCUGUGUGCAUAUUGCCAGUUGCGGGUUCGGGUUAACUUAGACUACUCAAUCAUUAAAACAGUCUUCUUAUGACACUGUUUAAUGACUCCAGUACCCCAGUAUGAGGAAGCUCCAAUGACUUUGUGGAACUCAUAAGGGCUCAGUUGAUUACUGACGCUUGUUACGUAACAUUAUUAUAAUAAAAUGCAGCUGGUAGCCAUUUCAAUUUAACCAUGCCACUUUUACCUAACUAGAUUACAAGAUGUUUAACUGAAUAAGGGCACGCACACAGACACGGACACUAGAGCAAGAAGCUUGGCUCUUUGUUGUGUGCAUUUUCUCGCUCUAGUGUCCGUGUCUGCGAGCGCGCCUUUAUUCAGUUAAAAGAUGAACGAAUACCAACUAGCCCACUUAUCCGUGAUACUGAAAUAGAUUAAAACAACAAGAAGCACAUUAUGCUGGCUCGUGGCAUCCCGUUACAUUAAUAAUGCUUUAAUACCAUAACUCAGCUGUAGCAUUCAUGCAAAUCACGAAUGAAUGAUCUGGUUAACUAUAAGUUGCACCACACAUUGUGCUUUGUCCCUUUGCAUGGGGAUAAGGACGUAAAUUUUUAGCCCUUGUCACCCAUAGUCGUAUUAUCCGAACUAAGACCGCUGGUCCAUAUCAGUUGUAAUGAAGUUGUGAGUCAACUGUACAUACACUGAGCAGUGCAGUUAUAAAAACAAUGUUGGCUAUGUCUUCCAAUUAAAAAGUGAAGAAUGUUGUUUGAUUUACAGAUGCUAUAAGUACAUUUACAAUGUAACCAAGUGAUGCUAGUAAUAGGUAAAUUUAGAAGCAGGAGUAGGUCUUGAAAUAUGUGGCGCUAUUAAAUGUGCGCAAUCUUCCCUUGAGCAGUUCACAUCAUGCUGCACUGCCUCGAAGUUAAAUUUAUAGCUGCAGUGUUUAAAAUAGUGUAAAAAUGUAUGUGCUUAGACAGAUUGCAACUGUUUGUCUUUAGAAAAAGGUGGCUAUGAAAUAGUUUUUAUAGCACCUUGAUAGCUUAUCGUAAUCUCCAAAAUAUUCGGAGAUCUACUUAGCCACAUAUGAGUGGUGCUGGGAACACAUAUUGCAGUAUUUAGGGCGUACUUAAGAAGCUGAGAUAAGUAAAUUCAAACUCCAGAAAACUAGCUGGCAACCACCUUUAUAGCCAGUUUACUGCACCACUUUUGUCUAAACAAUAUUGUAUUCAAAUCUGCUAGAAUUGUUGUUGCAAAUAAUAAUAUGAAAUUUCCAUUGCUUUAAUUACUGUCUUCAGCCUUUUAUUGCUAAAUCCUCAUCGGUAUAUAAAGAAUAUUCGCCUUGCAUUUCAGAUGCUGGUACCUGCCGUGAGCUAAUAUAUUCAGGACAUCACGGGUAUUGUAGCAUUGCUGUCCAACUUAUACAAAAAUUAUUUGUCCUCAGUGCUGCAGUUACUGCAAAAGUUUUUGUCAAUGCCUUCAUUGUUGUGGCUGAUCAUGCAUGAGAUAUUCUUGUGCUACUGGCCAAUGAUUAGAAGAAGGAACUAGAAUGAGCUACUGAGUUUUGUUAUAUGAACGAUUUCAAAACUCAUCAAUGAUGUCAAACAGCAUUUAAUCAAAAGCCAAUUGUCAAGUGCCAACACUAGCUGCAACUGUAACGGUUUCAAGCUUAGAUAUUCUUGUUUUCCUGUCGUGAGAACAAGACAGAAUUUUGGGGCAGUUUAGAAGAAGCUAACGGUAGAGCAGUUUAGCUUGUGUUAUUGGAUAAGUGUUGAAAUGAAACACUAAGUUAUACACUUCUUACUCUUUUCACUUCUUUGUAAUCGCAUUGGAAGUACUAUGAAGAACACCUUUUUAUACCCAUUGUCAUUGUUUGUGUUUCAACUGUAACCCUAAGAAAUGUUGAUUAUUUUUGUUAAGUUUUAAGCCUCAUGUGCGUGCAGUUCACCUUUUCCACCCAUUUUCGCAGUACGUCUGCUGGCUUCUACAUUUCUCGUGUAAAUUUCGCCCAGCUUCCCCUUGUGAAGAUGAAGUUUUCAGAUUUCAUACUGGCCGUUACCAGUCGAAUACUUUGACAAGCGAAUGCAAGCAUACGUGAUGGGAAUGAAUGAAAAAUAAAAGUGAAUUGCUAAGU